AUGGCAGCGUGGAAAGGUCACACCAAAUGUUGCGAAUACCUCAUCAAAGGCAGCGUGAGUCCAACGACGAAGAGCCACCUAGCAGAAACCUCUUUGAUUGUGGCAUUUAGGGCGUCUGGACAGAGCGACACAGUGAGACUACUCCUUGAAAACGGGCCCGACACUCUUGCAACUGAAUGCGGUGCUACGCCGCGCUCGCCGUUGCACUGGGUAUGCAGCAGUGGUGAUGUUGAUGCGGCCAAGGCUCUGUUUGAGUUUGGCGCCGCAAAAUCGAUGUUUGAUCUUAACGAGGAGGGUCUGCCACCACUUGCUCUUCCGGCUUAUUAUGACCACGCUGAACUUGUCAAGUUGCUUCCAGACCAUGGAGCAGGGCCAACCAUUUCGAUUGCGGGCGAUCACGGCUAUACUAUAUUGCAUCUCUUAACUAUCAGCGGAGCAAAUGAUGAGAUAAUGCGUCUGCUGCUUGGUUCAUGUACUAAAUCUUGUCUGAGCAUGGUAAGCGACGAUGAGAACACGCCCUUGCACGACGCGUCUUACAGCGGGCACACCAAUAUAGUAAGACUGAUACUAGAGAAUAAAACGCAAAGCGUGCAGCUUUUACUCGAAGCGAGAGGCAAUUACCUGCAGACAUCACUUUUCUGUGCAACACUCUCAGGGCAUUAUGAUAUUGUUGAGGAGCUUGUUAAAAAUGGUGCUGAGACGACGCUUGCCAUUCCAGAGGUGGAUGGCUAUACACCACUGUGUAUAGCCUCGUGUCUUGGGCACGGGGAGAUCGUCGAGACGCUUCUUACCUGCGGAGCUGCAGCAACUGUUGCAAUCGCCGCCAAUAAUGGCACCACGCCUUUGUUUAUGGCAUCGACAAACGGCCACACACGGAUCCUUAAGCAGCUAUUAGCUCACGGAGCCGAGACAACUGUUGCGUGUAAGACCCAGGGCGGUGAUACAGCGCUGCUCGCUGCGAUAUACAAGGGUAGGACUGAAAUCGUCGAGAUGCUACUCUCCCAUGGGUUCCAGAAUGCCGUUGUAAUCCCCGACUCGGGCGGCGCGACGCCGCUAGCUGUGGCGUGUCUCUUCCGCUUUGUAGAGAUCGCCAGGCUGCUCCUUGACUAUGGAGCCGAGACAGCUAUCACACUUGCCGAUAACAAUCAGAGGACGCCACUGUUCGAAGCAUGCAGGAGUAUCUCUAUAGAAGUUGUCAAAUUGCUGCUUGAGAACGGAGCUGAAACUACGAUUGAGAAUCUGAACUCGAAUGACGAUAGUCCCCUACAUCCCGCGACGUUCGGUGGCUGCUACGAUAUGGUCUUAAAACUAUUCGCCCAUGGCGCUGGUGCAAGUCUGCUGGUCGCUAACAAGCAAGGUAUGACGACCCUGUACAUUGCAGCAGGAAUGGAUGAAGCACAACUGAUGGAGCUGUAUCUCGAUAUUCUGAAAACCGUGGACCAAGAUCAGAUGAACCAGAAGACUUACUAUGGGAUGACGCCCUUGUUCAUUGCUCCUCGCUUUGGGCACCUUGAAGUGGUUAAGCUUCUCAUAUCCACGAGUUAUAUCGAUUUAAACUGCGAGAACUGGAUGGGAUUAACUCCACUAGUUACUACAGUGGCAAAUGGGCAUCUAGAAGUGGCCAGGCUUCUUAUCUCGCGCGGCGCGACUGUGAGCCCAUGGGUACCUAUCGGUCAAAGUCUCAUAUGGUGGGCACGACGAACGAGUAACGAGGACCUAGUCCAACUGGUGGAGAGUCAAGAUACCGCAGCGGAUGUUUCUCUGUUUGAUGCCCACACUCGGUUUGAAGAGCCACCCUGCGAUGCCACUCAAGUCUCGUUCGAGACCAAAGCAACAUGGUGCUGCAUUUGCACUCUCAGUAUAACCGAUGGCCAGGUAUAUACAUGUGAGGAGUGCGAGCAUUAUAUGAAUAGUCAUGUUUGCUCAAAGUGCUUCGAUCGAGGAUUCCGGCUUUGCCAGAGUUCUCACGCACUGAUACUGCGUUAUGAAGAACUGUCGUGGAAUGUUCUGAUGAUUUGA